AUGUUUGAAAAAGUUUCUCACAUCUUAACAUUAUUCUUAUUAGUCAAUAUUUCAAUAAAUGGUCAAUAUCAAUCUUAUAAACAAAUUAUUAAAAGAAAAGUCAAUAGUCUUUAUUCGGAUUUAAUUCUAUAUUCACAUUAUAAAAAAAAUGUUAACUCUUCAAGACAAACCAACGAAACUAUUGAUAUUGAAACGAAAAAUAUUUCAAUUGAUUUUCACGAUGUUUUACGUGUUGAGGAGAAAAAUUGUUCAAUCAAAUUUCAAUAUUUGAAUAAUAAAUAUUGCAUUAAAACCGAUUUCAAUAAAACUUUAUGCAAUUUAUCACGAGAAAAUAAUUCAACAAAUAUUUCAAAACAAAUAUCAUAUUAUCAAGAAAAUCUUCAUACUAAAAUAUUUCAAAAUGAAACAAAUUCAAAAACGAAUGAACCUCUUAUUAUUUGUUAUUAUACAAAUUGGUCUCAAUAUCGUGAUGGAUCAGCUCGUUUUUAUCCUGAAAAUGUUGAUAUAAAUCUUUGUACUCAUAUAAUAGAUGCAUUUACAAAACUUGAUAAUGAUCAUAUAAGCCCAUAUGAAUGGAAUGAUGAAAGUAGUCCAUGA